UGGUGGUAUAAAACGAUGCGUUCAUCGGUUCGCGCGAUCAUACACGCCAGCUGUGUUGCGGCAGGCAGUGGACCGCGGGCUCGUAACGACAGUGGUUAUCAAGCCCAAACAGCUAUUAUGUCGCCGAUGCCAGGUGUACUUUUAUUCAUCUCGAUCGUGACUCUUCCAAACAUCAGCUCCAUUCCUUUGUCCUCUGAAAAUUGUGUGACCAACUCGGAGUGCCAAACAGAUUCCUGCUGCGUGCUAGGGGCUUCAAGGUACGUGAUACCGACUUGCAUGCCGUUCCAACAGAUAGGUGAAACAUGCCGAGUAAACGCUGCCACUAUCACGACCAAUUUGUCUUAUCCGGACAAUUCGCAAUUGGAAGUGACAGCUGUUCAUUUUAUUCUGUGUCCUUGUGCCGCUGGAUUAUCCUGCGACUCGAAACACGGCACCUGCGAGUAGAAGAAUUUUCUAUCAAUCGAAACGAUCAAAAACAUGAUUAUGUAUGACCAGAUGUAUUUGGGAAGGAUCGAAUAACAUCGAGAAAGUACAAUAUUAUAAUUGUUAGCCUGUUGUCAUUGUUGGAAUACAUUCCAGAACUUAAAGCGCUGUUAAUUAUUAUUACUGUUAUUAUAUUAUUUUAUUCUAUUCUAUUUUUUACUAUUUUCUCAUUAUUAUCACUUAUACCAGAAAUGUUAAUUAGUAAUUGUAAACAAUAUAUUGAGAUAAAUUGAGAACAGACAACUGCAUGAUUAAUAUUUAUUUAUAAGAAGUGUCAAAUUGCAGACAAUAUAUUCUAAAAAUGUUUGUGGCAAGCGUUUUUAACAGAAUUACAAUUGUGAAACAAUCUGAAAUAAAAAUUGGACUCAAUCUUUGAUUUGUAAGGCACAGUCUUUCAACGCAGAAAAAUAGCAUUUGUAAAAUUGAAAGCAACAUUAAUCUUGACAAUGUCAAUUAGAGAAAGAGCUCGUAAAGUUGUUUUAAUUACAUUCAAGAUUAUAUUCCGCAAUCAUACCUAAUUGUUAACGUUCAACUUAAGUAUUAUUAAGUAUUAAUAUUAUUUAAAAAACAAGUAAAAAA